CUCGACUUGAGAGGAGAGGUGCCAUACCUACAGCAAAGUAAAUAAAUAAAAAUACCGAACAAACUAAAUUAUCUACCGAAAAAAAAACUACAAAAACAAAAAUCAACAUAAAUUAAAAGGCGAAACAAUAGCAUUCAAUAUAUGAAAAUGCAUUCAGGACUAGUGACAAAGUCGUUUUAAACAUGUAAAAAUAAUUUAUUUUACACAGUAAAUAUUAUUUGUUUUGUGAUAUCUGGUGAACGUUAAUGAGUGUUAAUUGAUGAAAAACUGUGCAAAAAGUGUGUAAAGGGGAAAAAUACCAGUGAAUAUCCCUGAAACAGUCCAUAACUCAAGCAAAAUGAUUCUGCACGCUUUGAGGGUAUACUGGAAAUCACUUUUUGUAUUAAUAUACCCAUUCGCCUUGUUGCCAGUUUUCAUAUUUGACAAUGUGGCAUCGUUGAGAUGUCUAUAUGUGGUACUUCUGAUGGCGGGCUAUUGGGUUCUUGAAGCUCUACCAUUACCCGUCACAUCUUUAAUACCCAUGGUACUAUUUCCUUUGAUGGGGGUGCUGGAUUCAGACAAGGUCUCGCUAUGUUAUCUUAAGGAAACCAACAUGAUGUUCGUUGGUGGUCUAGUGAUAGCGAUAGCUGUGGAACAUUGCAAUCUCCAUACAAGAGUGGCUUUAUACGCAAUCAAAUUUGUUGGAUGCAGUCCAAGACGACUCAAUUUCGGUUUAAUAACCGUGACAAUGUUGGUAUCGAUGUGGAUCUCAAACACCGCAGCCACAGCAAUGAUGAUACCCAUCAUAGAAGCAACCCUUAAAGAGCUCGAAGAACAAGGUAUAGGCGCUAUGUAUGAAGAAAACUCUACAUUACCAACCGAGGCCAACAACAGCAAGGUGGAAAUCCAACACGACAAUGAGCCGAAGAGGCCAACAAAAACCACCAUGUGCUAUUUCAUAUCCACUGCGUACGCGGCGAGCAUAGGUGGCAAUGGUUGCAUCAUCGGCAGUGGCACCAACUUGACGUUCAAAGGCAUCUUCGAGACGCGUUUCCAAGACGGGCCAGGUCUGGAAUUCGCAAAAUGGAUGCUGCUGAACGUCCCGAUGAUGCUACUGAUGAUGUACCUGUCCUGCAUAUGGCUGCAGUUCUACUUCAUGGGAUUGUUCAGGCCGAACUCGGCGGACGCCAAAAAAAUAAAAGUCGGAAAACAGGGGGAGUUGGUGGCCAGAAAAUUGAUCAAACAAAAAAUCGCCGAGCUGGGAAAGAUGUCCUUCCACGAAAAAGCCGUGGCCAGUUUGUUUUGCCUCUCCGUUCUUUUGUGGUUCUUCAGGCAGCCUCAGUUUAUCACGGGAUGGGCCGAGUUAAUAACGCAACACAAGGUGAAAGAUGCCACAGCCGCUCUCAUCGUAGUUCUACUGCUAUUCAUAAUACCCUCAAAACCCGACUUCAUCAACAUAUUCAACAAAGACGAGUCGAAACGACCGAAAACCUCAUCGCCAGCACUAAUUACCUGGAAAGUUGUGCAACAGAAAAUGCCGUGGGGCCUGAUCUUCCUCCUAGGCGGUGGCUUCGCGCUGGCCGAGGCCUCAAAAAGCUCAGGCAUGAGUCAACUGAUCGCGGCGCAUUUGCACGGAUUGGCGGAGUUGCCGAAAAUCUACGUGCUCAUGAUUUCGUGCACGUUUGCCACGUUUCUGACGCAGUUUUCCAGCAACGUUGCCGUAGCGAAUGUGGUGUUGCCGGUCUUGGCCGAAGUGGCUUUGGUUGCCAAAGUUCACCCUCUAUACCUGAUGCUACCGGCAACGCUGUGCUGUUCUUUUGCGUAUUGCUUACCGGUGUCAACGCCGCCUAACGCCAUUGCUGCCGCACCAUGUAACAUGUCGUCGACGGAAAUGGCCAAAUGUGGACUGGGGGUUGCCGUAAUUUCAUUGGGAGUACUUUUUGUAGUGUUCCCGUUUUUGGGACCGCUAGUAUGGGAUUUGGACGUGUACCCUGGAUGGGCGACAGACUAAACUGAAGAGAUUAAAAAUAAAAAAAUAUAUAAAUCAAUUGAUUAAUAUAAAAAAGUGCCAUUCCAGAUUAUAUGACGUAAAUAAAUAACAAAUUUUAUUAUUUAUUUUUAUAAAAUAGGCUAAUACAGAACAGUAAAAGCGACUAAAAUAGUAUUACAAAACAAAAGUUACAUUGAUUCCUGAUUUGAAACGCAAUAUUGAAAUAAAAAAUACUUUUU